AUGGGGAAGCUGAACUGGGGUCAGCUCCAGGACUAUGACCUGCCCAAGGCAUCGCCAAAGGCAUCGGAGGGCGAUCUGUCGCCCACGCAGGCCUCUGUGGCUCCGAAGCCCUCCGAGGGGGAGUCCUCCGUUACGGAGGUGCAGUUGGCGCACCACAACUUCGAGCACGAGGACGGGGAGACCCACGAGUUCCAGGAGACCGCCCACUUGGUGGAGAUAGAGGGCGAGGAGGAGGAGGAGCACCUGCACGAGGUGGAGGAAGAGCCCCACGGCGACGAGGAGCUCGGGCCUCCUAUCAGCAUCUACAAGCCGGUGACGCCUUAUGAGGUCAACUGGGAGAUGAUGGACACGCCCGACGCAUCUCAAGGCCAGGGCAAGCGCCAGGGCAAAGCGCCGAAGACAAAGAUCAUCAAGGGCCGCUGCCAAUGGCGCAACCCCGUUGGGUUCACGUGCUCCACGGACGUCUCGGAAGCCCUGGAGAUGGAGCCGUGGCCCAACGACAUGCUGGCAGUCUACACCACAACGCAAGGAGGAGACAGCAAGGACAUGUCCUGGGUGGAGGGUGUGACAUUGCUGAGCUCCGAAAGCCAUAACCUCAUGGCCUUCAUGCUGCUGAUCGCCUUUCUGCGAGACCAUCAGGACCUCUACGUGGACGUCGAUCUGAUGGAUGGUCGCAUCUAUUCCAUGAAGGGCCCAAACGGCUUGGAGCAUACGUGCACGGAAGACCAAGUGCUGCUCAUCGAAGACCUGCAAGUCAUCAACGACCUGCGCCGGGCAUUGUCCGAGGCCUUCUACAGCAAAGCGCCGCCCAAAAUCACCACGGUCGAGAAGGAGGAGGGCAUCGACUUCUCAGGAACUCGAGGCAAGCGGGACGACGAGCCAGUGCCGCAGGUGGCCGCCGAGCCUCGCGUGGCAGAGGCAUUGGACCGGCUCUUCCAGGUCUUGCGGGAGACUCCCACGCGGAUGCACACCAUCGACGAGGCCACCUGGUCCCGGCGGCUCCGGCUGGCCAAGUCCAAGCGCCAAGUCUUCCCCCUGCACCGGGAGUCCCAGCGCCGCCAGGGGGACGACCUCUUCACGCUCUUUGAGCCGUUUGUGGACCUGGAGCAGGCGCGCGCGGAGGCGGAGCGCAAGGAGCGAGAGGAGGAGAUGCGGAAGCGGCAGGCGGAGGAGGAGAAGCGACGAAGAAAGGAGGAGGAGCGACGGCGCAAAGAGGAGGAGAAGAGGAUGAAGAUAGAGGCGAAGAGAGAGGAGGAGCGCAGAGCCAAGGGCAAAGGCAAGGGGAAGGAGGGCAAGGGCAAGAAAGGACAGCAGCAGCAGCAGCAGCAGCAGCAGCAGCAGCAGCCGAGGCAGAAGCAAGCGCAGCAACAGCAAGCGCAGCAAGCGCAGCAAGCGCACGCGCAGCAACAGCAAGCCCAAGCAUCCCAAAGCUCUCGACGCCAGAAGCAGAAGGGCAAGAAGGGAGGCGCCAGCUCGGUGGAUCCCAACACCUCGGUGCUGCAGCAGCCGGUGGCCUACACCAUGCCGGACCUGCCCGAGGGCUGGGUGGCCGUGCAAGACCCGUUGACUGGACAGAUGUACUACUGGAACCAGCACACCAAUGCCACCACCUGGGAGAAGCCCGUGAUGAUGCCAAUGCCCAUGCCCUUUGCCGGCGGCUUCUUCUUCGGGCCCCAGUAAGCAAGGUUGGGAUUUGUUGUCAGGAGUUGAGUUGCAAGCUUCUUUGCCAAGAAUCCCAACCCGCUUUAAUAAGUGAGACUCCGCGAGUGAGUCGGCUCGGAUCCGGAUGUACUCACCUGCCCCCUGUUGGAACCCGGACACAGGGUUUGCAGAACAUAGUAUGUGA